GAGGAGAAUGCAACGGCAAGCUGAGUUCUGUGAUGACGUCGUGUUGGCACGGUCGAGUGUAGAGUUGGCUCCACGCUAUGACCACCAGUGACCAGCAUUUAGCGAGCAAACACGAACGAAGGUUGAACGUGAUUUGCUUCUGAAACUCUGUUCACAGUGGCGACAUGGGAGCCGUGGAGAGCAGCCAGCAGAGGAGGGGGCAGUUUGUGGAGGACCCCUGGUGGAACCCACCCCCGCAGCCCGUGAGGCAACAGGGUUCCAGUGUGGCGGUGAAGGAGCUACAGGAGAAGCUGGAGGCAGCGGAGGCCGCGAGGAAGAAAGCGGAGGCGGAGCUGUCAACUUCCAGGGCGGAGUCCGCGAGGCUGGAGGAGGAGGUGAACGACCUGGAGCAGCAGCUGGGCGAGGGUGAGGAGGAGAGGGAACAGUUGGUGCGCAAGCUGGAGCUGGCGGAGCGCAGCCGGCGGGAAGCGGAGGCGGAGCAACGCCGGCUGCGGCAGCUGCUGCAAGAAGCCGAGGAGCAGCGCCGCCAGAUGGAGGCGCGUGUCGCCACCCUGGAGAGGCGCCUCACCAUGGCGCAGGACAGUGCACCGGCACCGCGGGCCGCGGCGGGGGCGUUUGUCACCAUGGAGACGAGGGCUGCAGCUGACAGCAGCAUCAGCCGGUCCCCAUCCCGCGAGGAGGAGUCUCGCGCCAGGCAGAACCGGCCGUGGCUGCAGCAGACGUCUGUCACGCAACAGGCCGCUCCGUCGCAGAGGUCGCCCCCUGCCGCUGAGGGAGACAGCAGCUCCGGUGGUGACCAGAGGCAGCAGCAGGAGAAAGGACAGCAGCAGGAGAAGGGACAGCAACGUGAACAGCAGCAGGGACAGCAGCGCACGGGCGGUGUCGCGGACGAGCGCCGCACUCUCAGUGCCAGCAAGGCCGCCGAGCUGGAACUCUUCAAGCGUGAGGUGAACGUGAAGAGGGAAGCAAGGCACCGCGCCAUGGCAGCUGUCUCUGCCGAGCUGGAGCGCCUGCGGCGUGAACUGCAGCGUGAACGACGCACGAGGCGGCGCUUGGAGGUGCGCCUCGGCCAGCACGGCGAAGAGACAGAUGCAGACGCAGGGGAACGGAGCCAGGGAGAUGAGGACCGUGAGGAUGAGGAGCUGCCAGAAGGUGACAGUGAAGGAGAGGCCGAGCGGCACUGCCAGGUGUCACUGGAGGAAGACAUGCAUCUGAAGCUGGAGCAAAUGAAGAACGAGCUGGAGACAGAACGUGACCUGAGGAGGGCUCUGGAGGACUCUGUGGAGCAGCUGAGGUGCCAGCUGGAGGCAGAGGAGCGUCGGAGACUGGAGGCAGAGGAACUCCGUGCAGAUCUGGACAGGGAGAGGCAGAGGAGGGCAGAGGUGGAGAGUGAAGUGGAGAAGCUGCGUCUCAAGGCUGCCUCUUCAGCGGACGGAGGAGACCACACAUCCCAGGCGGUGGCGGAGUGCCUGCGGGGCCAGCUGGACGGCGAGCGCAGCGUGCGGAGGCGGCUGGAGCGGCAGCUGCAGGCAAUGGUGGAGGGCCAGCUGAAACGUGACCGCAAGGAGGCCACUGGAAUCUCCAGGCUGGAGGAGCAGCUGGAGAGAGAGAAGAGUGCACGGCAGGAACUGGAGAGAAAGUUGGCAGCUAUGUCACAAGAGGUCAGUCAGGAGAAGGCAGCUGAAAACUCCAGGUUUGGGGAGCAACUGGAGAAAGAGAGGAGUGCACGGCUGGACCUGGAGAGAAAGUUGGCAACUUUAUCACAAGAGAAUCAGGACAAGACAGCUGGAAUCUCCCGGCUUGAAGAGCAGCUAGAGAAAGAGAAGAGUGCACGACUGGAACUGGAGAGACAGUUAGCAACUAUGUCUCAAAUGGUUAAACAUGACCAGGUGACUGGCGUCUCCCAGGUGGAAGAGGAGCUGCAGAAAGAGAAGAGUCUGCGCCUAGAACUGGAGAAAAAAUUGGCCGCUUUGUCUCAAGAAAUCAGUCAGGACAAGGCAGUUGGAAUCUCCGAGCUCGAAGAGCAGCUGGAGAAAGAGAAGAGCGUACGACUCGAGCUAGAAAGGCAGCUGACAGCAGUGUCCCAAGAAGUGAAGCAGGUCGAGCUGUCCGGAAUUUCCAGGCUCGAAGAGCAGCUGGAGGAAGAGAAGAGAACACGUCUCGAGCUGGAACGCCAACUGGAGGCAGCUCGUCAGGAGGUGAAGCAGGCGGAGGCAGCAGCCGCGCCCAGGCUGAACGAGAGACUGGAGAAGGAGAGAGCCAAACGUCCAGAGCCGGAGAGACGACAGGCAGCCGAGGGAGUGGAAGACGCCUCCAAGAUGAGGGAGCAACUGGAGAAGGAGAGGAGCACCCGUCUGGAGCUGGAACGGCAGCUGGCGGCUGUUCGCCUGGAGGCCAGGAGGGAGGAAGCCGCACUGCUCAGGGACCUGGACCGCUUGCGUGACGAGCUGGACACCGAGAGGGACAGAGGGUGCCGCGCCUCCGCUGAAGCAGAGGCGGAGCGUGGGCGGGCUGAAGCCGGCGAGGAGGAGAGAAGGCGCCUGAAGGACCAGGUGGCGGCGCUCAAGGACGUGGCAGCCGUGGGGCGCCAGCUGCUGCAGCUGCGCGAGGAGCAGGUGGAGCGGCUCGAGGCGCGCUUGCGGGCUUCGGAGGCGGUGGCAGCGGCGACGUCGGCUGCCCCCGAGGCCGGGUCUGUGGAGGCGAGGCUGCCCGCCGCCGUGGAGGCGGUCGUGGGCGACCUGCGCGCCGAGUACGGCCGCCAGCUGCGCGCCAUGGCCGCGCUGCGCCAGCUGUACGACGAGCGCGCAGCUGCCGCAGCUGCAGAGGCGGAGGCCCGCGAGGGGCGGCUGCGCGUCGAGGAGCAGGCGCGCAGGGACGCCGACGCCAGGUGCCUCAAGCUGCAGGAGCAGGCGUCCCGGUCCAGCGAGGAAGCGGCGGCCCUGCGGGAGGAGGUGUCUCAGAUCCACGCCGCCUUCGCCCGCCUACUGGAGGCAGCCUCCGCCCCCGCCAUCGACGCACUGGCGCGUCGGCUCCACCAGAACAGGGACCUGCUGGCCGACAUCGCCGCCGAAGGCGACGGGGCAGCAGCGCUGUCUCGCACGCUGAUGGAGCUCGCGGCGCAGGCGGAAGCUGCAGACGCAGCGGCGCCUGAGCCGACUGCGGAUGCUGACCGUGCAGACACAGACGUAGACGCCACAGCAGCGCCGGCCACAUCGGCCGCUGGCAACUCGGACGACGCUCCCACCAGCGUCGCACCCACGAUGGACCGCACGGAGAUCGUCACCAAUCUGCCCAAGGUCUGGAAGGUGCUGAUGGAGCUGCUGAGUCAGCAGCAGGCCGCAGGCGAGGCGGGGGAUUCCCCGGCCGACGCCGACCGCGACCCCGCAGUGGAUGACGUGAAGAGCCACUGCUACAAGAGCGUUGACACGCCGUAUGGCCCGCGGCUGGUGAUCAGCGUCAGCCAGACCUUCCUGCGCCUCAAGGAGCUCAUCCUGGAGAAGAAGAGCCUCCAGCGGGAGCUGUCGCGCCUCCAGCAGCUCAACGGCCACCUGGAGACGGAGCUGGGCCGCCAGCAGCAGCGCCUGUCGCUCGUCUCCUCAGAGCUGCGCAAGACCUGGGGGGUGGUGGGACGGAUGCGGGCACAACACCGACAGCUGCACACUCACGAGACGCUGCUGCGACACGAGCUGCAGCACAAGCGGGAGAUGCUCCGCGAGUUGCGGGACGAGCUGUCGCUGUGCCGCGAGACGUGGCAGCGCGCCAGGCAGAAGAGCUCCCAGUCCGAGCUCGAGUGGCGCGCGCUGCGCUCCGAGUUCGCCGAACGCCGCCGCCAGCGCGAUGCCGGCUCUGCCGAGAGUGGCUGCUUCUCUGACAGCGGUGACGAUGCCAAGGAGACGCCGUCCGGAGGUAGCUGCUCGCCUGUCGCUGAGGAGUGCUCACCACUGGAGGUAGAGGUGGGGGUGGAGGAAGAAGAUGCGGAGGACCCCAGCAGCGGCCCCACCCACAGCGAGGUGGAUGGUGACGAUGACGACCCCGACAGCUGUGCCACUGUCUCCAUGGUGAAGAAACUGAAGGAACAGCUGGCAUGGUUCAGCCGCAGCUUGGAGUCGGUAGCCAGGGAUGAUGAGGAGGCUCUGCACUCCAUCUUCUCGCUGCCCCCCAUCACCAUCCCAGAGGCGGUGUACCGCAAGCUCGGCUGGGCCGAUGACAAUCGCGGCCGUGGUGACGGAGUUGUGGACUGCCGAGUGGGAGUGGGGGUGGAGUCAGAAGUGGGGUCACCCGAGGAACGAGAGGAGCGAGAUACGCCCACACGUGCUGCCGACACAGUGGAAACACGGAGAGAGGAAGUGGCAGUGGGCUCUGGGGACGAGUCGGCAGCAUCCGAGGUGACGGCAGGGGUGGAAGUGGACACAGAGGCGGAAGCGGAGGCGCAGCGGCGCAAGAGGCGGGAAGGUGCCUACCGGAGGCUGGCUGCCUGCCUGGAGGCUCCGGCUGCUGUCCUGGAAGAUGACUACCUCCUGACCAGGAACGAGGCUGCCACGAAGCCUGAGCUGUCAACGCAGAUACCUGCUGUAGCACCACUGGACGAGACGGCGCUGGAGGCACGUGCGCAGCGGCUGCGCAGGCUGGAGGAGCAGUGCCAGCAGCUGGUGCGUCGCGUCACCAGGACGGCACACCGCAGCGACCGGCUCAGCAGCAGGCUGGAGGAGUUGCACGAGCAAUACGGCUCGUCUUCAUCACCAGAGUCGAGCCCUGUGGUGCCAGGAUCACCAGUUGCGAGACGGCGCAGUCGGCUCCCACCCCCACCGCCCCCACUGCCGGCAGAUCUGCCUCGCAUACCUGCACCACCCCACAUGCCCGCCGAGCUGCCAGUUCGCAGGUUGCCCACCGCCUCCGACACCGACUCCACCCGCGGCCACCACCCACCGCUGCUACCCUCGCAGCCGCCGGCUGCUGGCGACACGAGCGGUGGUGACGACACGGCCGAGGGCUGAGCCCGUCGGGACUCCCCGAGCUCUCUCUGCUGCUGCCACCGGGACUCCCCUGCCUCCCAGCACUGAGCACCUGCAGUGUCCAGCUCCUACACUUGAGAGAGAGAGAGAGAGAGAGAGAGAGAGAGAGAGAGAGAGAGAGAGAGAGAGAUUGAUUCAUUUGCAGCACUGGGAGGACCUGCCCGGUAGGCAACAAGUUCCAACAUCACAAUUUCAGAAAUAUUUCCCUCGGUUCGACACUCAACUUAAAGCUCAGUACCAGGGAUUUUUGGAAACGGUGCUUAACCGUGCGACGUUUCUGCGUCUCACCCCCCGAGUGGGGUCAGAAAUAUAAACGCUGGCACAGUUAACUCGUCAGAUUUUAUGAAUGACAACUAGUAUGACAACUUGUGCUUAGGUAACUUGGGUGUUAAAAGUCCUGUACACUGUUAUUCUAAUGAAAGGCUCUGUGAUGAUCAUUCACAGUCAAUACAUCUUGUUUCUCUACAACAAGAAUACUCGGGAUGAAAUACGGGUUUUUUCCCCUUUUUCACCAUCUCCAUUUGAGACUCUACUAUGGAGUACCUGUGACAGAGCACUGGAAACAAAGAUAAAAUCUUAUAGUUUUUUUCUGUCAAUCUAUAAUCAAAUUUCUAUUCUCAACAGAUAGGGCCUUCGGCAAGACAUCAAUUAUGGCUCCUACUUCUGAAGCCUUCAUAAAUAUAUUAAAAGGCUUUAUUUGAUAGGUGAUAUGAAUACCAGUUCCAUUCAGAUAACUUCAACUGUGGCUAAAGAAUAAUAACAGCCAAACAUAAAUACUCUGUAAUGAAAAUGACACUGCAGGAAAAAGAGAGGAAUCUGAGGGGUCUAUAAUUAGAUGUACUUACCAUCAACACUUUUCCAUUGUCAAGAUACUGGAAAAUAAUAAUUUUAUAUGCACAGGUUUAAAUGACCAUGUUCAAACAGUAUGUGUACUGUUACGCUAGAACACAGCACAAAAUACGACGAGUCGAAUUACUGAAAUGACAUCAGAUGCGCCACAGUGCCUGAGACCAAAUACAUAGCUCGUAUCUUGGGCUCAGAAAUUUAAAAAGGUCAAUUGUACAUUGUGUACAGGCAAAGGAAGAAUUGAGAACUAUGCAGAGAGAAAACAUUAUAAGACACCACUGUGCAUAUGAGUUUCACAAUACAUGAUCGCCUGAGCGAGACUUUGUAAAUGCAAAUGUGGUAAUGUUCCAUGCAACUAAAUGGCGUAAAGUAGUAAGAUUUAAGUAACUGGAGGAAAUUACAGAAGAUAAUUUUGAGCUAUGAGCUACAGUUAGCCACCAGAAGUAAAAUAACUCUCUGGCUGUUUGUGGUUCUGUCCCAGAUCUUAGCAAGCAAUUGAGCUAUUAUGCUCUCUCACUGCACCUGGAACUCUCACAAACUGAUGGAGAAAUAGCAUGUGGUGGCUGCUUUUAGUUAUGUAGAACUAUCAACUUUGAAAUAAUGCAUCUGACAAGUUGGUGUUACUCAGGAGUGAGCCAAUUCAUGUUUAUUGAUGCAGAAAUGGCACGACUGCUGAGAGAAGGGGAACGGCUGGAAAACUCUGUUUCAAAAUGUUGUUGACCCUUGUUGAAAUGUCACUGCACUUAUUGUACUUAUGCUAAGCCACUAGCAUUGAUGUACUUAUUACCAGCAAUAGAGGCUACAUGCAUUAUCACCCUUGCAGGUAAUAGAAACCAUUGUUUACUAUAUCACGGCCUUCAGUACGUAUAAAAUAUAUACCUGCAGUACAUACGUGAAGCUUUUGGAGAAUGCCACCUCCCCUUCACAGUUUGUAUGGUUAGCUUCCAUUCCUGCCACCUGGACAGAUUAUUUAGACACAUUAUAACAAAUGCGACAGUUAUGUAAGAUUGGCGUGUCUUCGACAUAUAUUACUGUGCCGUCAGAGUCUGCUCAUCUUGAACUGUGGCAUGCACCCUAUGUAAGCUUCCGCUCAGGAGUUGACCCUACACAUAGAUGGCACAGAAACAUAUUUAUUAUAUAUAAUGUAUUAUGAGAGGAAUAUCUUUGUGUAAUCGGAAAGUUUUAUGAAGUAAAGAAAAAAUUGUGCAUGUCUUCCGAUGAUCUGUUUAUACAAUAAAUCUAUCCUUUUAGCUAUCAAAUAAAGAUUGUUCUAUUUUAUACCUUC